GCAGCAAACACUAAAACAGAGACUGCAUCAAAGCUAUGAUGGAUCUGUCCACAGAGAUAACCCUACUCCUGGCCUUCUGUACGUCCUUUAUUAUUCUCAUCUUGGGUUUCAAAACAGUUUGGAAGAGCAGCAAUCUCCCACCUGGACCCACCCCUCUCCCUGUUUUGGGGAACAUCCUGCAAUUAAGAAGAGGGGAGCUGGUGGAAUCCCUGCUGGAGCUCAGCAAAAAAUAUGGCGAGGUCUACACGAUAUACCUGGGCUCUCGAGCAACAGUGGUGUUCACUGGAUACAAGACGGUCAAAGAGAUCCUUGUGGAUAGAGGGGAGGAGUUUUUGGGUCGAGGAGAAAUUUCUUCUUUUGACACACACUAUAGAAAUUAUGGUUUGGCAUUUACUAAUGAUAUGAAUCGGUGGAGAGAGCUCAGACGUUUUUCUGUAACAGCUUUGAGAGACCUUGGUAUGGGGAAAAGAAGUUUUGAGGAUAAGAUUCAAGAGGAAUUAAUGUUCUUGGUUGAAGCACUGAAAAACACUAAAGAGUCCAUAAUUAACCCUCACCAACAUGUAAACCGGGGAACAGGCAACAUCAUCGCCUUAAUUAUGUUUGGCCAUCGUUAUGACUAUGAGGAUGAAGAUCUUAAUACUUUUUUAACCUCCAUACAGGAAUGUUUUAAGCUUGCAAGCGCAGCAUGGGGUCAGGCCUAUGAAAUGUUCCCAAGGAUCAUGAGGUUUCUUCCUGGAGGCCAUCAGAAAAUGCUUUCACUUAUGGGGAGCCUUCUAAAGUUUGUAGAGAAGAAAGUUUUGAUGAACAAGAACAGUCUUGAUGCCAAUAAUCUAAGGGAUUAUGUUGACAUUUUUCUGAUCAAAAUGGAGCAGGAGAAAAAUGAUCCAAAAACUGAAUACCACAUGACCAACUUGGUGUGCAGUACCCUACAGCUCUACUUUGCUGGGGUUGAAACCAUCACAGACACACUGAUUUACUCUUUCUUAAUCCUAAUGAAAUACCCAGACAUUUUAGAUAAAGUCCAUAAGGAGAUUGACAAAGUAAUUGGUCAGAAUCGCCAACCAAAAUUACAGGACAGAAACCAGAUGCCGUACACUGAGGCUGUGAUCCAUGAAAUCCAGAGAUAUAUUGACUUGCUUCCAAUGAGUGUCCCAAGGAAAACAACACAAGAGGUCAAAUUUAGAGGAUAUAUUAUACCUAAGGAUACCAAUGUGCUUGCAAUGCUAGGUUCAGUGCUCAAAGAUCCGUCCUGCUUCCCGUACCCAAAAGAAUUUAAUCCGCAAAACUUCCUGAGUGAAAAUGGGGAGUUUAAGAAGAAUGAUGCUUUUAUUCCUCUAUCUGCAGGUAGGUACCUUCUCUAG